AGCCUGGGCAGAGAGAUGACAUAGCAGGAAACUGUCUUAAUUUGUCUUUGAAGCACUACAGUACUUUCUUUUUGAGUCUGUUUAAAUAGGUGUGCCAUGAAAUGCAUCUUAUACAGCCACUCUGGAUAAGCAAUAUAUUGUACUGUAAAUAUAGCAGUUUCUGUCACAAGCUGGAGUUAAAAUGUGUGGAUGGUAACUAGUGCCUGUCUGUUAUACAUUGGAAUGAGCAUAGGCCUUCCUCUUAAGGUGCUGUUUCAAAAGAAUUAUCUCCUGUUUUGAUUCUGGGAAAUUGUGAAAUCAUAGUGGACAAAAUGUUGCUAUGCUACAUUGAGAUCCAAACAGUGGGUUUUGGUUUCUCUGUAAAGGAUGUCCAUAAAACUCACGGGGUUUGGGUUUCAAUGCCAUUGUAAAUAGGUGAAACUGUACGUGUCAUUGUGUCUGGAACUGAAUUCCAUGUGGGGAGCCCUGGGGCUGAGUGCAGAUGCACCAGGUGCCAUGAGUUUGCCCUGACUGAAAUCAGUGACUGGUGUAAAUGGCAGCCUGGCUGAGGGGGGAAAGGAAUGAAAACUGAUGGGAUGGGCCUCGGCCUCACACGGGAAUGACUGAAUAAAUGCAAUAAAAGGCUCAAAGUUACCACUGUUCCUUUGUUCAUCACUUCUUACAGAGUUUUUGUUACAAAUUUGAGUACAAGAAUUAUGUAAUUUGUAAAAUGACGCUGUAGUGGGGACCUUGGUACAACACUAUUAAAAAUCCUCCCUGUUUGUGAGAUCUGAGGUUUGUAGAAUAGUGAAAUUCUUUCGUGUGUUGAAUUAUGGUCUGUUCCUGAUGGUGGGAGUGCUGGGCUGAUGUAUCUCACUGUGAGCUGGUCCUUGGCUAUUUGCAUAACGUGGCAGUUCUGUACAUUCUGGCUAACUGUAAAUAGAAAUGUUUCAUAAUAGCUUAGUUGCAUUUUUGAGGUACAGCCGUUUGUGUGAGAUUAGCAAAAACUUUAUUUCUAAGAUCUUGUAAAAAAA